AUGGCAUCAGCCUGGUCUGCCAUGUGCUCACGUAAAAGUGCAGAAGCAAAGAGCACAGCGGAUAGUAGCAGUGACGACGAUGAUAAAGAAGCCGAAAGGCCUCAAGUAUCUGGUAAAAGACUAUUUGAAUGUGAAGUAGAGGCAAUUUCGGUAGUUUUGGGUUUAUUAUCAUCAACAUCAUUACAAAUUCUCAGUGAUAAUCCACACUGGAAUGCUGAUGGUACAUUUAGAACGUCACCAAAACUAUUUUAUCAAAACUACGGUAUUCGUACGUGGGAUGAAUUUAGCACACAGUCCGUUGUUUAUACUAUAUUACUUAAUAAGGAAGAGGUGUCGUAUCAGGUAUUAUUAAAUGCACUAACAAAUAGAUUAAGAAUCCAUAUUUUAAAAAAGUAG